GAUGUGCAUGUCGUUUUGGUGAACUUGUGCGUCUUUUGAAAUAUUUUGUAUCGUAUGUUUGUGUAUGAAAAUGUGAAGAACGAUACAUUUUUUUGAAUGAAUGUGUAGCUAUUUGGCUCCGACGAGCAAAUUGGUUGAAUUACAUGAACUAAUUAAGUGAAUUUGAGUGAUAAUACGGCAUUGAAUCUCCCCUUGUGGCUUGUGAACUAAUUUAAUGGAGGGUAUUCGUGUUUAUAAAUAUUGAUUUGUUGCGUAUCGUGUUUCUAACUUUUCUAUUAUGCCUUCGAACGUAAAGUGAAAUGUAGGUAACUGUGAAACGUCAGGAGUAUAAAGAGAAUUUGUUAAAAAUGCAACAGAUGCGUAAAAAUGGCGCGUUCUGCGAACGUGAAGUGAAGUGAAAAUUUUGGUUGUUUGUGUGGUUUUUCUUGUUUUUUUGACAAUGGAGGGAACUACUGAGAAGGAUUGCUCGCCGCUAUGGAGCCUUUACCAACAGAUCGUGUCGGAUAUGAAGAACAGCGCACCGAUGUGGGAAGAGUUUAUAUCAAAAGCGACCAAACUCCAUUCAGCAUUAAAGUCUGCUCUAGUCGCAAUAGCUGCGUUCCUUGACGCGUUCCAAAAAAUCGCAGACGCAGCGACUAACGCUAGAGGAGCAACAAAGGAGAUCGGCACAGCUCUCACCAGGGUGUGUCUCCGUCACAGAGCCAUUGAGACCAGGAUGAAGAGCUUCAUCACAGCUUUAAUGGACACCCUGAUAACACCCCUGUCUGAGCGCGCGGAGGAUUGGCGCCGCGGCUCCUGCGCGACGGGCGCGCUGAGCCGCGAGCACGCGCGCGAGUGCAAGCGCGCACGCGCAGAGCUGCGACGGCGCGCCACUGACGCGCAGAGGCACGCGCGCAAGGCACGACGGGCGCCGCCGGACGCCAAAAGGCGUGCUGAUGUCUGCAUGCAGGAUGUCCAAGAGAGAAAGCAACAGCUGGAAGAGAUGGAGGAGAAAGCAGUAAAAGCUGCGCUCAUCGAGGAGCGGAGCCGCUUCUGCCACUUCGUGUCACUGCUCAACCCGGUGGUGGAGUGUGAAGUGGCAAUGUUAGCGGAGCUUGGCCACCUGCAGGAGGGGUCAGAGCAACUCGCACGGCACAUUGCUGAACCGAGGACCCUGCCUGCUGCCAGUUUGCAGGUUAUCUGCGACAUAAAGUCGUGCCACAGCAUGUGGGCGGAGAGCGGCGCAGGUUCUGCGCCCGCAUCGCCGCCCGCUUCGCGUCUCGGCAGCCGCAAGUCUUCGCUUACCUCCAUCUCCUCGCUCAACAGCCAGUGCUCCGAGCACCAUCAUGUGUCUAGCUCCACAGUGUCCUGUUCGACGCCUCUGUCAAACGCCUCGUCCUCCGGCACGCUGCCAGCACCGCACGACACGCACUCACUUUCGCAGUCGACAUUCCGGCUGGCGAGCGUGUGCAGCGCCGAUUCUGGUUUCCGUUCGCAGGACGCUUUGCAGCGCCGCUCGCUCUACGUUGACAAUGGUUCAGACAACCAGAGCGUGAGCAGCGAGUGCACGACGCCGGCGAAGAGCGCCACCGAGAUCGACCACGGCGACGACGACCGAGACGGGAUUGGCAACGCAGCAUCAGCAACGUGGCCGGACCUGAAGGACACGGCACAAUUCGAACGAGCUGCUUCGGCUAUUAUGGGAGGACGACCGCACACAAUAUCGGCUGCUUACGAAAGAGGACACCCCCGUCCCGCAUUGAGCGUUCAUACGUUCACAUCGGAGACUGACGUCCCCACAUCGCCUCGAGAAGGAAUAUACUCCAGACCACCAUUGCCUACACGAUGUUCGUCUCUGGAAAGGCCCGUGGUCCCCACGAAGUCUUGCAACGCCAACACUGCCAAUCACGAGUUCAAACCUACCAAACCUUCUUCUCUGCCGCCGCAUCUUACUAAAGAAAUGCCCCAAGCUCUCUACGUAAACAUGUCCGAACUGGCAACACUAGCUGCGACCCGCGCACAACAGCAGCAUGGCGCCGACCAUCCCCAACAGGAAAAGGUAUGUUCGGAGAGCAGUGCAAGUGAAUCUUCGCUGGAAUCAUCGAGCGGGUACGGCAGCCAGGGCGCUUUCGCGGCUGAAGACCAUGCUCAUCAUCAACAGUUGCAGCAUCCUGAUGUCGAAUCGGAAAUCGUGACCCUACGACGCGACUGCGAUCCAAUCACGGCCGCUCGCGAGAGCUUCUCAGUGUCGCUGGGCAGUCUGGAAGAGGCCGUUCGGUCAUUGGACGAGGCGUGUGAGACCCCGCCCUUUGCUACUAUAGGCAAGAAACCCGCUGUGCCUAAACGGCGGCCCGUUUCCAUGACAGCAACCGUGUGGUCCCGACGUGGUUCUUCCAGCUCACUGGGCAAGCCGCCUCCUCCAGUUCGCAGGUCUUCGUCAAUAUCUCGACCACAACGACCGGCCUACCCACAGGGCAACGCAAUGAGUCCGCAAGUGCCAACGACAGACGCCGACAAUCUCCCGCCGCCACCAGCUUUUCUCUUGCAACCUGACCACGAAUCUAAUAACAGCCACCAGAAUAUAGUCGCAGAAACGGUUAAACAGCUAACCGAGCUGAAACACAUGCCCGCCUCGCCGGGCCUCGUCCGCCGCAGCCUGCACCAGCUGCAGAACUCCAGCACCGCCCACCAGGCCAGCCCCACCCAGACGACUAUGUCCACCUUCCUACAGGCCAAGAGCAAUUUCUCGUCCAGCACAAGCCUCAACAGUACUGGGAAUCUCAACCCUAUUUACGGGCAGACAGGGCACAGGAUUAUGGCUUAUGUGGAAAACAAUGUUUACGUCAGAAAGAAUAGCUUGAAUAGCUCCAAUUCUGAUUUGUUUAGGGAUGCUGGGGAAGUAACAUACGAGAGUCGAGGCUCCCCCCACGGGUCCAGCCCCUCGACUCCUAGCUAUGGCGAGAACAACUCUUUCUCCAGCUUCGGGCCUAGGACCAGCGAGUCUCACUACGGACAAACAGGCUUCAAGCUGCAACAAGAGAAGAAAUACGGGCAAAGCAACACUAUUUACGCGCAGCCAUCGCAGAUAAUCGCGGGUUUCAACAACAUGUCGCUGGCGCGACACGACGCGCUCAGCCCGCUGGCGCUGCGCAAGAACAUCGCGGCGCGCAGCCACAGCGCCGACCGGCACCACGCCGACCAGGGCCUUAUCGCCACCCUGAGCGCUAAGCUGGCGCCGCAACUGUCGCCGCGAACCACCCGCCGCGCCAUUUCCACGAUCACCUCGGCCGACCCAUCGCACAAAAUCAAAGGGCCGAAGUCAGCGGCAGUGCAGCCCGCGUUCCUAGACAAGCUAUCAGCUACAAUUGAACAGCAGAAGCGCCAGUUGGACUCGCCCCGCGCCAAAACUGUGCGGGAUAUGAUCAAUGCGCAUACGCAGCCUGACCCCCGCCAGUGCCACACCUCGCUUAUGGAGCAGAUCAAACGCGGUGCGACGCUCAAGCGAAAUAAACACUGCAACGACCGUUCGGCCCCCAAGAUACGCUAAAGGGACUAACUAAAUAUACGGACAGGUAAAUAC